AUGCUGUCAGUUUCGCCGAAAAAUCGAGAAUCGCAAUCUAAAACUCUCUCUGAACUCCAUCAGUCCAAGCUAUAUGAAGCCGCGAGUCGGUGGAUUAUAGUGCUGAGCCUCUACGUGGCGAUGGGGAUUUGCACACCUGGUUUACAACUUUACGGCAAGGUUUGGAGCCCUUGUCCAACCAGGUGUGUAGCCAAGAAGCUGGACAUUCUCCCGAGUUGUCGCCCGCUGUCUCCAAGCUGGGUUCCAACGAGGCCCUAACUUAGGCCUAGCAAGCCUCUGUAUGGGUAACCAGGAGAAAAAACUUAUAGCUAAAAACAGUUCCAAAAACUGCCUCAGUCCUCCGCACCCCACCUCUGCGUUCAACACGACGGGCUUGAAAACAUAUGGGGAGAGGCGAUCAAAUCUCGGAGCCCCGACCACCCGUCAUUGGAAAAAGAAUAAGGAAAAAUGCCAGCCAAAAACACGAAAAAUCGACGCCAGGAUUUGCACAUUUAACUGCCGCUCCAUCGCCACCGAUGAUCGUCUUGCUGAUCUUCUCCAAGAAGCUGAUCGAAUCAAGUACGAUAUUAUCGGAUUAUCUGAAACAAAACGAGGGGCAGAAAAACAAGCCAAGAGCGCCGACGGAACUGGUAUUUUCCUUGGAAAACGAAACGAAGUCUCGGUAUCUGGAGGGGUUGGAUUUAUCACUCACAAAUCCAUGACUCCAAAAGUCAAAGAAGUCAAAUUCAUAAACCAUCGAAUUGCAACCCUCACCUUCUAUGUUUCCAAAAGAUUCGACUGCACAGUCAUCCAAGUCUAUGCACCAAUUGGAACAUCUGACGCCGAGGAAAUUGCUGAAUUCUACGAAAACGUUGAAGAUGUCAUCCGCCAAUGCAAAUCGAAAUUCAAGAUUGUUAUGGGCGACUUCAACGCGCGAAUCGGAAGCCGAGCAAACUCAUCUGAAAUAUACAUUGGCACACACUCAAUGGAGCCAAGAAACGAACCAGGAGAAUUUCUGGCAAGUUUCUGCGAGAGCAAUCGCUAUUACAACACCAACAGCUUCUUCGAAAAACCAACAAAUCGAAGAUGGACCUUCAUAUCUCCUGAUGGCCAACACAAACAUGAACUGGACCACAUACUAACCAACGGUCGUUUCUUCACCGACACUCACGUUGUUCCAUCGUUCACAAUUGGAAGUGACCACAGGCUUGUCCGAACCAACCUACACUUCAACCUAAAUUUUGUGAAACAUCAGGAAUUCAUGACACGACGUCAACCGAAGAAAAUGAUCGACGAGUCCGCGAUUGCCACCAACUGCGAUCUCACGCAAAUUCCACCACAAGAUCAGAAUAUAGAUAUAUUCUACAACAAAAUCGUUGGUAUGUUAAGAUCGAUUCAAGAAAAAUCGCUGGUUCCACAACCAAAUCACUCACAAAACAGAAUAAGUGAAUCCACUCGCCAACUGCUGACACUUCGACGAGAAACGAGUCGAUCUGAUCCAUUAUUCCACACCAUCUCGGAAUUGUGCCGCGAGGAACUUGCCAGAGAUCACCAAGAAUUUGCCAAAACUCGCCUCGUGAACGCAGCAAUGGCAAGAAAAAGUCUGAAAAGAGUCGCCAGAAACCUCGUCGAAUAUCAAGCCACAAUUCCAUGCUUGAAAUCUUCUCCAACCGGAACUCGGAUCACUGGAAGAGGAGAAAUCGAAAAAGAAAUACAUCAGUUUUACUCAAAGCUUUUCAAAAGCUCAGAUGUUCCACAAAAUCCCAGUAACAGAAGAUUGAGAAGAACUGAAAAUCCACCACCGUUUCUACCGAGUGAAAUUCGAGCAGCUCUGAGAUCAUUCCCAAACGGAAAAUCCGCUGGCGAAGACAAAAUCACCGCCGAUUUUCUCAAAAAAUGCACGGAUAAGAUAAUCUUGAUCAUCACACACUGCUUCAACCUGAUGAUGGAGAAAGAGGAGAUACCCAAGGCAUGGAAAACAUCGAAAACCAUCUUGAUCUUCAAAAAGGUGAUCGCGAAAACCUCGAAAACUAUCGCCCUAUCACAAUCCUCCCAGUUCUCUACAAACUCUUCACAAAGUGCAUUCUGCAGAGAAUCCGCCGACCACUUGAGGAAUCCCAACCUGUUGAGCAAGCUGGAUUUCGAAGAUCGUUCUCAACAAUGGACCACAUAUCCACAAUUCAAAGAAUUCUAGAAGCCAGUCGAGAACACCAAAUCCCACUUGUCCUGAUCUUUGUCGACUACCACAAAGCAUUCGACAGCGUAGAACCAGCUGCAGUAUGGAAUUCGCUGAAAGAUCAAGGAGUCGAUCAACAUUACAUCAAGAUCCUCCAAAAAUGCUACGAGGAGUGUUCCACCAACAUCACGCCAUUUUUCAAAAAAGUCGAAAUCCCAAUCUCAAAAGGAGUUCGCCAAGGAGACCCAAUCUCUCCGAAUCUAUUCUCCGCGAGUAUUGAAGGAGUUUUCCGCUCCACAAAUUGGUCAGAUUGUGGAAUAAGCAUAGAUGGUAGAAAGUUAAACCACCUUCGAUUCGCUGAUGAUGUCGUUCUGAUCUCACACACCCCGCAUCAAGCUUCGAGAAUGUUGAAAGAAUUGGUGCAGGAAAGCGCAAAAGUUGGCCUAAAAAUCAAUGAAGCCAAAACAAAAUCAAUGAGAAACCGAUUUGCGCUCACCCGUCCAAUUGAAAUCGGAAACAAAACCAUUGAAAAUGUCGAUGAAUAUAUUUAUCUUGGCCGACAAUUAAAUCCUCAAAACGAACUCCUGCCGGAAAUCCACCGAAGAAGAAGAGCUGGCUGGGCUGCUUUCAAAUCCAUCGAAAAAGCAACCGACGCCAUCACUUGCCAAAAAACCAAAGCAAACUUAUUCGAUCAAACGGUUCUACCCGCCCUUUGCUAUGGUUCAGAGGCUUGGACCCUCACAAAAAAGAAUUCAGAAGCUCUUCGAAUCUCUCACGCGGCAUUGGAAAGACGAUUGGUUGGCAUAACACUCAGCGAACAACGCGAAAGAAAUCUCCACCGCGAAGACAUCCGGAAGCUAUCGCAAGUCAAGGAUCCACUUCGACACAUCCGCCAACAAAAAACCCGCUGGGCCGGACACAUGGCAAGGAGAAACGACAACCGUUGGUCAACGGCAACAUUGGAUUGGUAUCCACGAGAUUGGAAAAGACCAGUUGGACGCCCUCCAUUGAGAUGGUCAGAUGAACUAAGGAAAAACCACUGUAUAUAUGACAACAACAACAAAUUGGUCGAAUAUUGGACAACUCGUGCCAAAGACCGUGAUAAAUGGAGAACUGUGGUCCGCGCAAUAUGCUGAAGAACGGAUCGACUAAGUAACUAAGUAAGUAAGUUCCUAAAUUUUAGAUUCAGGGCCCGAAAAUUCAAAAUUUUCUUGAAAUUUGAUCUAAUUAGCCUAAGCCUGAUUAGAGUCAGAUUUCGGGCUUUUUCAUGAAUUUCAGGCCUGAAACCGGUGUUUUCUUCAAAAUUUAAGGAAAACAAUUUUUGCAAUUACAGUAAUGCUCAAUAUGCUAACGAAAUCUCCGAAAAUAUGCUCGAAUAUCUCGAAGUUAUUCUACCGAUAAUGGCACUAUAUUUGAGUAUGGAAAUGGAUGCAGCCUCUCGUAGAUCAAAUCUUCCUGCAACUUCGCAACAAAAUGAGGAGACAAAUCAUUAA